AUGACGGACUCGACGAAAGAACCCCAGAUCCAGGACGUUCCGAAUCCAAGCAUGGUGACCAAGGAAAAGAAGAGGAGCCGAGUUCAAUUCUCUUGCACUGCCUGUAGAAGUCGAAAACUCAAGUGUUGUCGGACGUUUCCAUGCACCAACUGCAAGAAAAGAGGGGAGGCCGCAUUCUGCACCUUUGUUGGCCGUGGCCCUCGAGGAAGGUCAUCGCAGGGUCGAAAAAGCCCGACCCUUUUGCAAGAUCGUCUGCAGCACCUUGAAAACCUGAUCUUGUCAUUUACUCAGAAGAAGUCAUGCGAACAGAGCCAAACCCUUAGUGCAUCAGAGCAACAGAAUACUCCGUCUACAACAGCAGAGAGUGUUGUUCCAGCAGUGCUGGUAAAUCCUUCUUCAAGCAUGGAACCGGAACCGAGAAGCUCUGCGCCUGAAAGCACUGGUAGACUCCUGGAAAAUAAAGCAGGGUCGAGCUAUUUCGAUGGCGCUCACUGGCGUGCUAUACUCGAGGAGGUGAACGAGGUCAAGGGAUAUCUUCAACAAGAAACAGAUGAAGAAUCUGAGGAAGAAUUCAUGGAUGAAGCAUUUUUUGACUCUUCAUCGCCGGUUCUCUUACUCGGCUUGAACAAGCCCGCGAGCAAGGACGAACUGCUCGCUGAUAUUCCUCCACGACCAGCAGCAGAUAGACUUGUCUCACAGUUUCUCCAUUGUAAAGAGCCAAUAUUAGUCGUUCUCCAUUUCCCAACAUUCCAGAAGGAGUAUAACCAAUUCUGGCUAAACCCACGGGGAGCGUCUCUCCAGUGGCUCGGUCUGCUGUAUGCUAUUUUUGCAUUGGCAGUUUCGAUUUUGAAUACGAUAGAGGAACCAGUGCCCCAUUCACUGGGAGAUCACCAGGCCGCCACGACCCGGUUCCGCGAACGUACUGUACAAUGUUUGGUCCAAGCGAACUAUAUAACUCCUGGUAGAUACAAAGUUGAGGCCCUGUUUUUAUAUACAAUGGGAGAGUUCCUCACAAGUUGUGAUGCCCAAGCCGGAGUCUCGUUCAUGCUCGGGCUCACUAUAAGGCUCGCCAUGCGGAUGGGGUACCAUCGCGAUCCCCGAAAUUUCCCUAAAAUGUCCGCGUUUGAAGGGGAGAUGAGACGGCGUCUAUGGGCUGUUGUGAGCCAACUCGAUACCCUGAUUUCAUUCCAAGUCGGACUUCCUCGGACAAUCCAGGCCUGGCAGCACGACUCUCGGCCAGAAACUGAGCUCACUCCGCUGUGCUAUACCAUAGCCAAGGGAAGAAUCAUGUCGAUUUUUGGACGAAUAUCAGACCUUGCAUACUCGCGGGAACCGGUGACAUACGAGCAAACGCUCGAAAUCGAUCGGCACCUUGAAGAAGCGCACAAUCAGAUUCCGUUGAUCUUACGAACUAGGUCAAUGGAGCAGUCAAUUACCGACCCACCAGACCUAAUUCUCAGGCGUUUCACGCUGGAGAUUCUGUAUCAGAAGUGCCGCUGCGUUUUACACCGGAGGUACCUGGCGGAGUUCCCUGACGAUAUGCGAUACACAUAUUCUCGGUGGGUUUGUAUAACCGCAGCGAAACAGAUCCUUCGACACCAAGCAGUUCUGCACCACGAAAGUCAGCCUGGAGGCCAGCUGUACCGCGAAAAGCGAUUCCCGAAUUCUAUACAAAACACAGACUACCUGCUAGCAGCCAUGAUUAUCUGCCUCGGACUCUCCCCUGGUCAUCCCAGGGAGCCAGGAACGAACAGCCAAAGCAAUGAUGUGACAGUGAUCAUCAAAGGCCGCGAAGAUCUUCUAUUAACCCUGGAGACAUCCCAUCAGAUUUUCAAGGACAUGCGUCGGCGAUCGGCGGAUGCACAAAAAGCAUAUGCUGCGAUGUCAAUCAUGCUUCGUUGUGUCAAGAAAAGUAUGCAACAUGCAGCAGACCUCAACGGUUCAGGUGGCCAAGAAUUUAAUACAACCAGUGAUGGUAAGAUGACCAGCCUAUGGCUUGUGCAAGCUACUAAAUCAGCGGGCUGUAGUUUCACCACCCCCGUAUGA